AUGUCUGAAGGCUUUUCCAAAACUAGGUCUCAUCUGGUUGGUGGUUUCUUUGGUGGACUUUCUGCUGCGAUUACGUUGCAACCUUUGGAUCUGCUGAAGACAAGGAUCCAACAAAGUAAAACCACAUCUAUAUGGUCCAUAAUCAGUCAGCUUAAUAGUCCAAUUGAAUUAUGGAGGGGAACCGUAUCUUCUGCAAUCAGGACUUCCGUGGGUAGUGCACUGUAUCUUUCAAGUCUGCACAUGAUGAGAGUAGCAUUGGCAUCGAAUAAAGGAUCCGAGUUUACAUUGAACAAGAGUAGCAGACUACCACAACUGCAAAUGUAUGAAAAUUUACUGACAGGAGCUCUAGCCAGAGGACUUGUAGGAUAUUUUACCAUGCCAAUCACUGUCCUCAAGGUAAGGUACGAGUCAACCUUUUACAAAUACACUAGCCUUGGAGAAGCAACUCGUCAUAUUUAUAAAGAAGAGGGCAUCAAGGGAUUUUUUCGAGGCUUCGGUCCUACAUGCUUGAGAGAUGCUCCUUACUCUGGCAUAUAUGUGUUAUUAUAUGAGAAAACCAAGACUAUUUUGCCAAGUAUACUGCCAAGUCGAAUGAUUAAUCAAGACAUAGAUGGAAAUUUCACUACUUACACAUCUACAACAGUCAAUGCACUUAGUGCUAUUUUCUCAGCCAGUUUAGCAACAACAAUAACAGCUCCUUUCGAUACAAUCAAGACAAGAAUGCAAUUAGAGCCUUCAAAAUUCAGGAGCUUCUUUGGUAGUCUUGACCAAAUAAUACGACACGAAGGAUUUUUCACGAUUUUUAGUGGGUUAAGUAUGAGAUUGGCCAGAAAAGCCUUGAGUGCAGGUAUUGCGUGGGGUAUCUAUGAAGAAAUUAUCAAAAGAUUCAUGUAA